CACGUAAGCAUUACUCUGUCUGACUUUCCAGGGGGAUGGUCAACAAGCACUAGGACCCGGGAGGUUUUUUGGUUUUUUUUGCAAGCCCUCUCCUCUUGUCAGGACUUUUUGCUGCCCGGACAUGUUUUAAAAUAGUUUCCAGAAGUCUUUGCUGCAAAGCCUAAAACGGAAAACACACAAAGACAUUCCUCAAAUCAGUUGCAAGCAACUCCUGCCGUUUUCGAUUGAGCGGAGCCCACCAGCGUAGAAACUGGAGACUGGCAGGGUCUUUGGCUCCUUUUUUUUUUUGCAAUCCACCCGCAGGCCGCUUUUUUACACGUCUACAGAAUUUACGCGAGUGGCUUGGGAUCCUCCAGGCCUCUGUUUUAGGAAGGCGCCUCCUCUGCUCUCAUCUUCUCUCUGCCCCCACGCCCCCUUCGGCUGCCCGCCUGCAGCCCAACCGCGAACUGCAGCUGCAGAGCCUUCCUUUUUUGCCAGAGGCUGCCGUCGAAGAACAUCAUGAGCUUCCUCGGCCUUGUCUUUACCCUGAGCCUUUAUGGGGUCCGAGGCUUGGGAGACCCCGGCCCGUUAGAGGACGUCGUCAUUGACAGAUACUACAUCCCCAAAGUGUGCUUGCGAGAAGUCCAGAUGGGCGACUUCGUCCGCUACCAUUACAAUGGGACCUUUCAAGACGGCACCAAGUUUGACUCCAGCUAUGAUCGAGGUGCCACCGUGGCGGGCGUGGCGGGCGUGGGACGGCUCAUCACCGGCAUGGACAGAGGCCUGCAGGGCAUGUGUGUGAAUGAGAGAAGGCAUCUCAUUGUGCCACCUCAUCUUGGCUACGGCAGCAUUGGUGUUGCUGGUCUGAUUCCCCCGGACACCACCCUGUAUUUUGAUGUUAUCAUGCUUGACAUUUGGAACAAGGAAGACAAGCUACAGGUCACCACCCUGUUUAAGCCGCAACACUGUAACCGCACCGUGGAGAAUUCGGACUUUCUGCGUUAUCACUACAAUGGCACGCUUCUGGAUGGCACUCCCUUUGACUCCAGCUAUGGAAAAGACAGUACUUAUGACACCUAUGUGGGUUCAGGCUGGCUGAUCAAAGGAAUGGACCAGGGCCUGCUAGGCAUGUGUGCUGGGGAGAAGCGGCAAAUAGUCAUCCCCCCGUUUCUGGCCUAUGGAGAGAAAGGCUACGGUACCGUCAUCCCCCCUCAAGCCUCCCUGGUUUUUGAUGUUCUUUUGGUGGAUCUGCACAAUCCAAAAGAUGGCAUCUCCCUGGAACACUUGGAACUGCCAGCAUCAUGCAAGCGCAAGGCCGUUACUGGAGAUUUUGUGCGGUACCAUUAUAAUGGGACUUUGAUGGAUGGGACCCUCUUUGAUUCCAGUUAUUCACGGAACCACACUUAUAACACUUAUAUUGGAAAAGGCUAUGUUAUCCCAGGAAUGGACCAAGGACUGCAAGGGGUCUGCAUUGGUGAAAGGAGAAGAAUAAUAAUCCCACCCCACUUGGCUUAUGGAGAAAAUGGGGCAGGGAACAAGAUCCCUAGCUCAGCUGUGCUCAUCUUUGAGGUCCAUGUCAUCGAUUUCCACAACCCCACAGACUCUGUGGAGAUACAGACUAUCUACCGGCCUACGGACUGUAAUGUCACUACACAAGACAGAGACUUUGUCCGCUACCAUUACAACUGCUCCCUCUUGGAUGGCACCAAACUCUUCUCCUCCCACGACUAUGAACAUCCUCAAGAAGCCACUCUAGGUACCUACAAGAUAAUUGAAGGCCUAAACAGUGGCCUGCUCAACAUGUGCGUGGGAGAGAAACGGAUCAUCAUUGUUCCUCCACAUCUGGGUCAUGGCGAAAGUGGUGCCCGGGGUGUACCUGGCAGUGCUGUGCUCUACUUUGAGUUAGAGCUUUUGCAUAUGGAGCCUGGAGUUCCAGAAGGGUACCUGUUUGUCUGGCAUAGCAACCUACCAGAAAACCUGUUUGAAGCUAUGGAUCUCAACAAGGACAAUGAAGUCCCACCUGAGGAGUUCUCAACAUUCAUCAACUCCCAGAUUUCAGAAGGCAAAGGUCGUAUCAUGCCAGGCACUGACCCAGAAAAAGUUGUCAAUGACAUGUUCCAAAACCAAGACCGGAAUAAGGAUGGGAAGAUCACAGCAGAGGAACUGAAGCUGAAAUCAGAUGAAGAUCAAGUUAAACAUGAGGAACUUUAAAAGAGAGAGGACUCUAGGAUUGGGCUUCUUUUUAAUUUUUUUUAAGCACUCCAGUUUGGUGCCUUUUCCCCUGCCUUGGGGGCUGGGGGCUGCCUCCCCUUUCCAGAUUUAGAGAGACUGAACCUAGAGAAGCCAAUAUGUUUUGUUCCCCAUUUGCUACCUUUUUUUUUUUUUUUUUUGGAGAACUAUUUAACUGAGAUCCUGUUUGGAGAAACCAAACCAAGGAGUUAAUGUCACUAUGAUUGUCUUUCCAGACACCAGCUUCACACACAUACACCGGCACACACACAGUUUAUUGACUCCUUUCUGUUUCCUCAGGCAACUGUCUACAGCAAAUUGUCCUGGGAAGAAGCCAUGAAAUUAACUCUUUUGUUUUACCAGAUCUAGGCUCUCUUGUCGGGUGCUUUGUUUACUCUUGCCAAAUCAAGGAAACUGAAUCCUGUAUUAAGGAAUCCCAAAAUGUGUGAUAGGAAUCAAACUAGCACAUCAGAAAGCUUUGCAUUACUUAGUGUAUUUGCAAAGUUUCAGAGAAUUGGGGAUUUUGCUUAUUUUUCUUUCGGGCAAAACUAGGAAUGGGAGGAGCAGAAAUGCAAAAAUAAGGGCAGUGUACAGAUUACCUGCUUAAAAUUUAGCUAAGUCUUGCUUUUUCUCAAUUCAGAUCCAAGCUGGAUCAGGGGAAAAUGCAUCAAAACACGUUAUUUCAAAAGAAAUGACAGGAUAGAUAUGGAUUGUGGCUAACGUUUUGUGUACACCGCUUCCCAAACCAGCGCUGGAUGCAGAGUAAACAGGAGUGUGUACACAGCUUUGCUUACUGAUCUGUUCUACCAUUGUUUGGCUAGCAGGGUUUCUGUGCCUUUAAGAUGGGCGGGUAACCUUUUUUCUGUCAAGGGCUGCCUUGCAUCAGAAGUAAUCUGUCAGGCUCAUGCUGGCAGUGAGUGGAACUAAAGCUAGGAGCAGGUAGGGCCAAAAAUGGAUGGGCCAUUUUUCUCGUAUCUUUCUGCCACGUUUUCUUUCCUUCCUUCCUCCAUUUUCUCAUACCCUUCUCUCCUUUCUCACCCAGCAGGCUGCUGGGGAUGGGGCAGAUCACUCUUGUCAAAAUUCUGAGCUGAUCUCUUGCUGAGGGUUUCUGAAAUUAGUUCAAGGGCUAUGUGAAAUCAGACCCAAGAAGUGGACCUAAUGCUACUGACCACCCCUGCUUUAAGACUUCUGUGACCAGGUUGUAGUGGUAGAAUCUGACAGGUGCAGCUUUUCCAUAUUUCUGUAUCUCUAUGCCCAGAAAACCCACACCUGCUGGAUUUCUGCAGCACGUAAGAAGCUUUCGGAACCAGUAGAUGUUAAAGGACAGUUUGGGAAAUUUAAGGUGGGUUGCUUUGGGCUCUGCAAUCAAAGGGUAGGGUGUAUACUAGUCGUGCUUGCACUCUUCUCCUUCCCUAUUUGCCAUCUAGUGUCAGUCAAUAAAAUCCAAAUUCUUAAGCCAUCAGAAAUCUUGAAAGCAGCACAAAAUAUGCACAGCAAAUACUGUUUAGUCCAAGCUCCAUGGUUUGUUUUUUUCUGAUGAGAAAUAUGCAUAAGACCUACUUGUAGUGUUGUCCCCUCCCUUUCUCUCUGGGUUUCUGAAGUGCCAGGUCAUUACCACAAGCUCUCCAACGGGUUUUGCCCUACCACUGGGGAUCUCAGAGUUCAUAGAUAGUGCCCACACUUGUGUGUGGUUUAAUCUCUUAUGGCACAGCGGACAAUGUUCGAGAGUCCUCCCCUCAGAUUAGGCAUAUGGAGAGAGGGAGGCUUGGAACGAAGUGCAUGAGGAGAGGGGGUGGGAGCAACAUUCCAUCACAGUGGUUCUCAUCUAUCUUGCUAGUCAGACCGUACAGGAGGUUGCCACUGCAGUUGUUGAUUUUGACGCUAGCAGGUGAUAAUUUCUGCAAAUCGGGCUCCUGUUAAAAGGCCCAAGAACAGAACAGGCCAGUUCUUUUCAGGCCAGUUGGCAACCUUAGACAUAAAUGGGUUGUUUUUUUUAAAGAAAUAACCCUCUUAAUAUCUGGCUUCAAAAUGGCUCCCCAAAUCACGUACCACAUCAGCUGCGUUUUACAAUCUCUUCUCACGGAACCCCCGAAGAGUGCAAACUAUUUCAUCCUGAACAUCGCUCUCGUAUCCUUCCGGCCGAGACCCCUUCCAAGCUAUCCCGUUCCUCAUUUUUGCUCAUUGCAAUUGGAUUUUUCAGCUGAUCAAUAAGGUAGUAAAAUUCUGGACUGUAUUACUUUGGACUGAAGAUGAGGAAUUGCAUUUUUAACCCUACCCCUCCACCCCCUGCUGACAUUAAAGAACAAACCAUAAACUUCCCUGUGUGUAAUAAAACUCUCCAGUGAAUUUAUGUGGGGAAACAUUCAGAAAUAUGAUCCUCCAAUCUGCAGCCUGAAGGGAUGCAGCCCACAAUAUUGUGGUUGGUAGUAAUUGUGGAAUUCCAGAAAGAGGAAGGGUAAUAGGUUUAAUCAGUGCUGGGUUUACAUGAGGGUUAAUCUUUCCAAUGCUUAACACAUUCCUCCUGUAAACUUUCCCUUCUUGACUCUGUCCCUGAGCCUUUUACCCCAGAGCCUCUGGAAGGAAUGGGAUUAUUCAGGACUUGCAGGGCCCCUUAAAUUUGAAACACAGGGCUGGACCCUACCAUAUACUUGUUUCUUCAGGGAGAUGUAGGCACAUGGGAAAAAUGCAAUGAGGUAUAAUAAUCCCUGUCCCCAGGUCAUCAUUACUUGUCACCAGAAAAACUAAUAGCUUUGCAUAUCCCACCACCCAAAUUAUCUUUCUGGCUGAUCUUCAUCCUGGGAAGCAGACGAGAUGUUGACCAAAGCCUGGAUGCCAUGGAGUCUGCAAGAUGCCAUCUUUAAAAACAAGAGCAGCACCAGUUUUACCGAAAAAGCAACUUGUAAGACGUGCACAUACACUCUGCUGUUGCAGUGAGGGUUGGUUCUGACUUGUCACUGAAUAAGUGAACUAAGUGAAGUAGGAACAGGCUGGUAAGCUCCCUGGCUUUCUUGCAGUGUUGAUACUUCCCUUUUCUGCCUCACCUUCAUUGUAUAAACCAGGGCCAGGAGAAGAAGAUAUACAAGAGACUGUGGCAACUAUUUCGCCUGUGCCUGCUGCAUCUUGGCAGUCUUGCUGCAUACAUCUGACCGUGGUGUUCGCAACUUGGCAGUUAGAAUAAAGGUGGCAAAGGGUGCCCCAUUGCUUGUUUCAUUAAACUUCUUUCCUAAGAAAAGUAAGAGUAAGUUAGGGUGAAGUAAUCAAUGUUUGAAUCCUCCCAAAACUUGAGUUGUGUUUUGCAACUGUUCUAUAUUCUGUCACUCCCUUUUUUCAUUAACAGGUGAUCAAUAAGUAUAAGAAGUCUUGCUACUGCUGUGAUGAAGAAAUCAAGGCAGGGCAAUGGUGCCCUUUAAGCAGGAGCAUGGUCACUCAGCCUGAAAAGUAGCAGCUGUUGAGAGUGGUGGUCAGUUGCCCAGCUUUUUUUCCCCUGGCAUUGCUCCUACGCCUGGCAUGCACAGUUCAAAGCAAAGCCUGGUUUGCUUAAUUUCUGCAGUUCAGUCAGGUCUUGAAGACACAGAGACCCUGCCAGAGGAAAAAGCUGGCAACUUUUGAAGGGCAAUUCAGCUACGUACUUAACUCAUGAAUAUCCUGUGGCACAAAUGUCAGUGAGGAUAGUAGCAGCUUAAUAGCAGUGUCUGUUGCCGGGCAGUUUUCCAGUUUUCAGUACACUUCAUUUACCAGAGAACAUGUUUUAUCAUCAUUCCUGGGCUACAAACUUAAUUGUUACACCUCGGACCUAUAGUUCUGUGAGAACAGGCAGGAACUCUUAACACAAUUGUCAGCACCCUCACAAACCUGCAAGACCCAGACUUCUUGAAGGAGAGGAGGCAUGACAAUUAAAACCUGCUUUAUGGUUCGUAUCAAGUCUGAAGUUAGGAAUGAAGUGUCUUUGAACAGUUUUUAAAAGUCAAUAUUUGGAUGUUAAAAUCAUCCUAACUUACAAAUGUUAUUGAGCGGUUCAUAUUGUCCUUGCAUAUUGUAACAAUGUUUUAUUUUUAAAAUAGAAAGAGGUUAUAUUAAAGCAGUUGGACAAUCUAGCGAAGAAAAAUACGCAUACCAAUUUUUUUUCAAAAUAAAUCUCUUAUCUGUACAUGUUCGUUGAAUAAUAAAAAAAACUUGGAUUCAGUGGGGAAAACAAGGGGACAUGUUUGUAUUUUUUUAAAAAAACAUAUGGGGGGGUGAAACCGAAACAUAGUGCAGAAAAACAUUCCAGUAACAUUUUGAAAAAGAAA